GACGCUGCUGGUGAACGCAGGUGCUGUGCUCAACUUCAGGCUGAGGAGGAGGGACACGGAGGGAUUCGGCGAGGAGUCCAGGGAACCCACGACCGGUGACAACAUCAGAGAGUUCUUGCUGAGUCUCAGGUAUUUUCGGAUCUUCAUUGCCUUGUGGAAUAUCUUCAUGAUGUUCUGCAUGAUUGUGUAA